UGAAGAGAAGGUUGAGAGGAGAUUUGAUGGAGGUGACCAAAAUCACGAGGGGUCUGGACAGAGUCGGUAGGGAGAAACUGUUCCCACUGGGGGAAGGAUCAAGCACCCGGAACCACACCGACGUGUUUGGUAAAGGAAACAACAGCAGAACCCUUUAUACACAACGUGUGGUUUGGGUCUGCAAUGCACUGCCUGAGAUUUUGGUGCCUUUAAAACAGAAUUGGAUAAGCACCUAAAGGAAAAUCAUUUGCAGGGUUACAGGGAAAGGGCAGAGGAGUGGGACUAGCUGAGCUGCUCUUGCAAAGAGCUAGCACAGGGUGAUACCCAAGACCGGAAAUGUAUGGAUCCAGUUCUCUCUGGAAGAUGUUUGGAUUGGGAUUGUUGUACGGUGGACGGUGCAGAGAACAUCAAUUCUCGUCAGUCCUGUGGAGCAGAGGAGCUUACAAAGGCACGCUUCUGUUCACAACCUAUAGCGCAGAGCGAAAGGAAAACCGACAGACUGUGGACAGUCUGAACCGGCUGUCGGUGGACGUAGCGAAAAUUCGUCAACUGCGAAGUUGGGUAUUGCUCGCAGACGUAGCUUACGUCAAUGAAACUGCCAACAUUUUAAAAGAAAUGGGAGCUGAGGAGAAGAAGGUGGCCCUCAUCUUAGAACGAUAUCCUGAAGCCGUCCUGUGCACGCCAGCAGAAACCAGCGCCCAGCGGGAGUUGUGGCGAAAACUGUGUGCCAAUGAGAAAGAGCUGGUGAGAAUUGUAGAGCGGUUCCCAGAAUCUUUCUUCACGGUCAGAAACCACAUGAAUCGGCAGGACAACAUCAAAUAUUUCCAAACACUGAACCUGAACAAAAGGAUUGUCAGCCGCUUGCUGGCCUGUUCUCCCCAGACUUUCUGCAAUAGCGUGGACAAGAACAGGGCUGUGAUUGAGACUUUACAGCGAAGCUACCUUCAACUGGGUGGCACCCAAGCCGAUAUGAGGGUCUGGCUAAUGAAACUGCUGAGCCAAAAUCCCUUUAUCUUGUUCAAACCUCCAGAGGCGGUGUGUGAAAACCUGACCGUCCUCCAAUCCUUGGGCUUCAGCAGUGCUGAACGCCUGAAGCUGCUCUCUAAGCUUAAAGGGUUGGUCAGCGAGCUCUCCCCCAGGACAAUGGAGGAGAGUGCUGCAUUCUGCCAGCAAGCAUUGCAGUGCACCGACGAGGGACUGAAGAUGAUCCUACUGAGCUGCCCGGCCUUGCUGUACUUCUCUGUUCCCAUUUUAGAGGGGCGCCUCGGUGCCAUUUUGCGGGAGGGCUUUUCGGUGGAGCAGGUCAGAGCGAGCCCUGCAGUGCUCGAGCUGCCUACGCAGAUUGUGCACUUUUGCAUCAGGAGGCUAGUUGCUUUAGGGUAUGAUGUUAAAAGGGACAGUCUGGAACUGCUGAAUGGAACCAAAAAGGAUUUCGAGGUCAGUUGUGGAAAGAUGGACUGGAGGAAAAAGAGACCCUUAUUUAACCCAGUUGCUCCCUUAAACAUUGAGGAGUAAAGAUGGAGAGAUUCCACGUAGUGAGUAUUGGGGUUGUGUCAACUCAUGAGCUUGAGGUAGAACAUAGGACUUAGGAGCAGGAGUAGGCCAUUCGGUCCUGCCCACCCACCCCUCUCACCCCAAACACUGUGGGUAUCGGUGCAGGGGGUGGGGCAGGGGACGGUGGCUGUGAAUCGGAGCUCUCGGAUGGAUUUUUGUUGGAUAAAGAUAUCAAGGGAUACGGAGCUUACGACGAGAUACAGAUCGGCCACGGUCUAAUUGAAUGGUGGAUCAGGUUCGAGGGGCUGAACGGCCUCUUUCUGUUCCUAUCUAGAAAAACAUAGGAAGUAGGAGCGGGAGUAAGUGAUUCAACCCUUCGAGUCUGCUCCGCCAUUCAGUGUAAUCAAGGCUGAUCGUUAAUGUCGCUGGACUAGUAAUUCAGUAAUUCAGGGGCUCAGGCUAAAGCUCUCAGGACGUGGGUUCAAAUCCCACCACAAUAGCUGGUGCAAUUUGAAUUCGGUUCAUAAACCCGGAAUAUAAAGCUAGUCUCAGUAAUGGUGGCCAUGACAACUUUCAUCGAUUAUCGUAAAAACCCAUCUGGUUCACUGGUGUCCUAUAGGGAAGGAAAUCUGCCAUCCUUACCUGGUCUGGCCUACAUGUGACUCCAGACCCACAGCAAUGCGGUUGACUCUUAACUGCCCCUCCGAAAUGCCCAAGCAAGGUCAGUUCAAGGGCAGUUAGGGACGGGCAACAAAUGCUGGCCUUGCAAAGCAAUGCCCGUACCCCAGGAAAGAAUUAAAAAUCUCCCGCCCUUACCCCUUUAGGCUGUAGAAAUCUAGCUAUUUCCUUCCUAGACAUAUUCAGCGCCUUGGCUUCCACAGCCUUCUUGGCCUCCACAUUCAUCUAAACUGCAGUGAAUACAAUCCUGCCAUCCCAGGAAUCAGUCUGGUGAACCUUCGCUGUGUUCCCUCUCUGGCAAGUAUGUCUUUCCUUAGGUAAGAAUACAAUAUUCCAACUGUAGAUAAUUAAUUUGUAUCAUAAACACAGUCCCCAAGCUUGUAGUAAUUUUCAGUGAGCAGGUUGGUCAGAGAAAGGAGCAGUGAUGGAAAUGAGGGGGUAGUCUCUAAGGUUUGAGCUACGCGUGUGACUGGGGAAAGGGGGAAGCUCCAGAAACCUGUGAUUAAUUAAAGUGCACAAGGCUCAUUGCAAUCGCCAAUCCACACAGCCUCUGCACAACAUGGGGAUUCUCUCACUCAGGUGGCUGUGUGAAGAUCCAUUGCGUGCCAUUUAAACAACUUUGAAACACUUCCAGUGACUGGUCACCGUGAGUCAGUUCGCAACACAGGAACAGGAGAAGGCCGUUCAGCCCAUCGAGCCUGCUCCGCCAUUCAAUACGAUCAUGGCUGAUCAAACACUUCAAUGCCUUUUACCCACACUAUCCCCAUAACCCUUUACGUUAUUGUUAAACAGAAAUCUAUCAAUCUCUACCUUAAACAUACUUAAUGACUGACUUUCCACAGCCUCUGGGGUAGGGAAUUCCAAAGAUUCACAGUUUUCGGUGAUUGUUUUGUUGAAGUCAAUAAAGUAUUCUUUGAAAACUGUCUUUGACUGUACAAUAUUCUAUUGUUUGAUUUUCAAUAAAUGGGCUAUACACUGGA